UAAGGAUUCUUGCAAACAUUCUGGGAUGACAUGUAGCCAUGGCUUUCACUCUGACUGUGUCGAGCAUCAAUGCACGUGUGUCCAGAGUUCCCAUAAUCUAGACGUUCACAAAUGCAAUAAGAGUAAAGUACUAGAGGCGAUAGUGAUUGGUCAUCCUUUACAUACCCCCAAUAUAGCCUGCACCUCCCACCAGCUGACCACCCACUCACUGGUCUAUAAUUACUGUGGGAACAACAUAACAACUUCGUGGAAGAAAGGACAGCGAGUUGAGGACUUCUGUCGUGCGCAUCCGGAUUCCAGAGAUGAGUAUAAACCUAUUUCCACGUUUCAUCGUCACGACUUCAACAGAGAAUUCGAGGUAACGGGAAUAUUUUUGAGCUGUGAGCAGAACGGAAUUCAGAUUGCCACAGAGCUCUGUAAUGACAAUCCAUUAAUAUAUUCCUUAGGAGCAGCUCCUCUGGCUAACCGUCUUCCAGCUGCUCAUGAUUUUUAUUUCAUUACUUGGUAACGAUCCAAACAAUAAAUGAAAUGAAUGAA